CACAGAGGAAGGUGCUUUUCAGGACCCAUCAGCCACAGCUGCACUGGAACAGUGAAAUAGCAGGAUGCAGAGAGGCCGUGGUCUGCCUCAUAAGUAAGCUGACUCCACGAAGUCAAGUUUAAGCAAAAUCCAAGAGUUAAUACUGCUGCCUGGAAUGGGUUACUCACUGUUUACUCUAGUAGCACAGGGAUCUUCUGCAAGGUGCAGGGACACCAGUGGUGCUUUCUUCCCCUUCUGUUCUUGUGCUCUUCCUUGUGUUCUUUGUGAAAUCCUGCAGAAAGGCUUGUGCUUGGCUGGAGAGGUCUGCUCAGGCCAGGAUUGAAAAGCUGUUUGCUGCAGCACUUGGUUUUCCCCAGCUCCAUUCUGCCUUUCCCUGGCUUUUUUUCUUCUGCAUAGCUAUGCCCUCUGGUCUGCCCAUUUCCAUCGGAUGGCUUUCUGUGUGGGGGUAUUCUUCCCUUUCUCUCCCUUCAGUGUUUCUCUGGCAAAAUCAAACUGUAACUCUUGGAGAAGGGGGGAUCCCUGUUCCUAUGCCGUUGUAUAACCCAGAACUGGAGAUGGACAGCGGGGCUGGGGGACAGCUGUCUGACUCCCCCUCGUCCUGCGACAGACACAGGGCCUGGCUACAGUGGGAGCUGAGUUCACAUUCCAUGCUCCAUCUCUGUCACUUUUGCCAUCCAGAGCAAUUGCCAGGCUCUGAAACACAGGUAGGCUUCAAAUGACAGGUUUCCAGCCCAGACUGGUGAUCUGCCCCCUGGGCAGUGUGUGGGAGUUGUGACUGUGGGCUGGCACUGAGGGGUCUGGACUGAGCUCACCACCUGUGCCUGCAGAGGCAGCUCACCCUCCUGAGAGAGGAGCUUCCUUCCCAGAGACUGGAACCCUCCAGGCAUGUCCUUUUUGCUAGUGGAGGGCUCCUGCCAGGACAGAGAAUUACUGAUCAUAGUAAGAGCAUUUUCAGUGGUUUUCAGUUUGUUUGGAAAGGCUGCAGUACAAGUGGAGGCUUGUGCCAAGUUUUAGCCUAGUUGUAAUGCCAUUUAUUACUCUUGCACAAUCACUCCACCUCCACAUCCUUCUCACCUGGCUGCCUACCAAAUAUUAGCAACGUGGCUCAUCAUGAGUGAAACAGGUUCCUGAGAAAAAAAGCUGGUGUGUUCCCAGUUCAGGAGAAGCUAGUUCCGAUACACUUUUUUUUCCAUCGUAGAAGUGCCCCAGGCUUAGAUUUUUUUGUUUCUCUUCUGAGCAGUGUUGGCUCCGUGGAAAUAUGCAGCUGUACAGAUCAGCUGUUGACAAAUUCUCAUCAAUCACAAGGUUUUUCAUUGCCUGUGGAAAACUAACAAUACCCACAAGACUAGUAUGGAGCAGGAGCUUGAGGAUGUGGAGUCAGGUUAUUGGGGGUAGGGACAAGUUAAUUUAGGACAGGGUCAGCUUUUUAAAUAACUUGCCUCUGCAUCUUGCUUUGUGACCCUGCAUCACCGAGGCAAGAUGCAAGGAUGUUCCAAGUGUUCAUCCACCAUGAGCUUUAUCUAAGAAAAGCAGUUCUUUUAGGUGUUGCAGUGAUAGGGCCGAAGGAACAAAGGGUUAAGAGAAUCAAGUGAGGGGGUUGUGACUUCCAAAACCCUGUUCCCUAAGGUUUACCUCUGACUGUGGAAUUAUGUGUCAAAACUCCUUAGUGAAUAGAGGCUGAGAGGACAGUUUUUGUUCUCCUAGCCAAGUCUUUUCUGUAGAAAACCCCUUGGGGAACGUGACUUGUGCAGUUUGUGUUCUAGCCCUGACAGAGGUGCUUCUAAAGUGUGUUAUUUUGCAUGCAGUUGCUUUCACAAGACAUACAUGUUUUUUACUAAUAUUGGGGGAACUGUGCCUGUGCAAUGCCCAGGUACGUGUGGACAUGCACAAACACACACAUGGAUCAUGUCCCACCUCUGCAGAUUGCUGAGUACAAGGUCUGCCCCAUGUGAUGAUGUAUCAUGAUCUCACAUUACCCGGAAUUUUUUUUUCACCACUCUGCUGUGACUGAGCCAUGUUGUGCCAUCAGUGUCUCAUCAGCCCUUGCAGCCACGUCCACAGCCCUCAAGGCCCCUCCAACUGCGCCGCAGUGACGAGGUCGGAAGCCAAGCAACAGCUCAGCAGGAACUUGCUGGCAAUCACAGCAGGGAGACCAGUGAACUGGGCUGGUUUGCAGCUGCAGGGCUGUCAUUUCUCAAAGCAGCUUGUUCUGAAGCAAAGGAAAAACAGUCAAGUGAGGAAGAGAGCACUUUCCAGGUACCUCACUAACACAACCAAAGUUAAAGCUUGCUGAAUUGCCAUACCCUCAGAGUGUUUUCACAGUGUCUAAUAACAGCUGUCAGCAGCACCACUGGUUUGCUAAAUCCUGAAUGUUCUUAUUCCUUGUGACAAGCUGAGAAAGCAAUGUUGAGGGGAACUUUACAUCUCAAGGUGCUUUUCUCUAUUUGUCCCUUUUUCUGUCCUGCUUCCAACCUGUUCCUUCUAUGUCUUUCUGUAUGGAAAUUUCCAUACUAUUGGCUGUCUACCCCUCCACCAAGUCUACAAGAUGAAAGGGAAAAAAAAUAGGCUGCAGAAUGGGGAACUGGCUGCUGUGGCACAUUUAGCUGCAUGAGAGGAGAAGCAGCUUCUUUUUUAGCUCUUAGCCAGUAUACUCUCUAUAAAACUCUGACCAUCUGUGCAGGAGACCUAAGUUCCUGUAUUCUGAAUGCAGAGUGGCAAUUGUCAGGGCAAAAGUUGUUGCAGUCACAGCCACAGCCUGUCUUUGGUAGAGAGAUGGCUGUGCUAGACCUGCUCCAGUCUGUGGAGUGUGACAGACAUCCUAAGGAGCUCCUGUCCCAGUUCAGUGAUGGAUCAGUUGCUUCCUUCAUCAUGCUCCAUUGUAUAAGAGCAGGGCAUUCAUAGCAGUGUGGUGUUCAUCCUCUGCUUGAAGUUUACUGAAUUGGUGACUAACACAUAGCACUGGGACUUUCCUGCUUGCUGCUGUUUCCCCAGCUCUUAGACAUGGGGAAAUUUGCCGUAAACUGAAGAGUUUGAGGUUGGCUGCUUUUCCCCAGCUCAGCUACUGUUGGUUUCACUUGCAGUGAGCCACCCACACAGCAGCAAGAGCUAUAAUGAGGUGAGAAAGCACUAGACUGUGUUCUGCGGGUAGAAUUUCCACACCUGGCUGAGGGCUAUAACCACUCCCCAGUUCUUGUCUUGAGGCUGUAGAGUUGCUGUGAGAACCAGGAACGCACUGGCCAUGGCUGGCCAUGGAGACAGUGCCUGUGGUGAGUAGCCAGCUGAGGUCUGGAGGAGCUGGCUCAUACUGUGCUGCAAUUGCUGACCAGUGCAUGUGUCUGGCAGGCCCUGGGCUUGAAGGUUGUGCAGGGUCAGUUUGCUGCUGGGUAGUCUGCCCCCUCUGCUGCCUGGCUGAGGUGCUCCAGAAGCACACAGUACACUCCUAUACGACAGGGGCAAUGAAGCCGUGAUGUGCCUUGUUUCCUUCACUAGGGCAGGAAUUAAGAUCCGCAGUUUGAUGUGUGCUGCCUAUUUCACGGCCUCAUUCUGAGCUGUGCUGGGCCCCUGCAACAAACCAUCUUGUCCAGAAGCGUCACGGGUUCUUCCCACUCCUGUAUUGGGUUUGCAUAGCAAGAUUUUGUAGCAGAGGGGGCUACAGGGAUGGCUUUUCUGAGAAGUCACCACCUUCUCACCUUUUCUUCUAAAGACACGAUAUAUUGCUGCCAGUGACAUGAGAAGUCACUAAUUGUGUCAGGACUGUGUGUUCUGUGGUUUAGGGAUGCAUGCAGCCAGCCAGCCAUUCCCUGCAGCUCACUGUGUGCCGUGUGAGCCAUUUGCUUUGCUUUAAAUGUGCUGCCACAGUCAGAGGUUGAAGACAGCUGGUGCAUUUCUCACCCUGUAAGAGGUGCCAAAAGCCACCCAAGGCACACUCUGCUGCUGCACCCAGCCCCAGGUGUGGAAGAGCUGCUGUGAAGCUUUGCAGCCAGGCAGCAUAGGUGGGACAUGCUGAUUUUUGACAGCUGUGGUAAACUAAAGCUCCAUGAGAUCCACGUGAGGCUCUUGCCAUAAAUAGCUGUGUGCCAGCAGCAGAGCUCUGGUCUUGGUGCAUCCUUGCUUGCAGAGAUCUGGAGACAAAGCUGAUAGAUGUUGCCUCUAACGGGGUCGGGUUCUGCCAACCUACAUGAACAGAGCAGGGAGUUCUGCCAGCUCUGCUGACUCAGGACAUCCAGUCAGAACCAACAUGAGGAACAAACGGUGGCUCCAGAAUAUUUCCUUCUUCCUUUUAUUCCAAUACACUGUGUGUUGUGAAAACCUCACUUGUUUUGUGGACUACAUACAGACCCUGUCCUGUAUCCUGAAAAAUGACCUGGGUGCUGGUUCAUACAACCUCACUGCAACAUGGAUUCCUGAGGAAGAUCCUGAAAAUACUGUGGCUGCGUGCAGUCUCCUGCAAGUGUCCAGGAACACCAGUCACACAGAGUACAUGUGCACUGUGGACAUGACCGAACUCCUAGGAGAUACCAAGGUCCAGGUGGAUGUUACAGAGGUAGCUGAUAGGCAGCAAGUGAUUUCCAAAGACUUUUAUUUGUCAGACAACAUCAAACCACAGCCUCCAUUCAACCUGACCACUUUGUUCUCAGAGGGUUACAAUAUUUCUUGGGAAACCACCUACCAGAAAUCUCCCUUCCACUUUUUGAAUGAGGAGCUGGAAUAUCAGCUGCGUUAUAAGAGAAGAACCGAUAGCUGGGAGACUCAGAAGACUAAAGCUGUUCAUGAAGGUAAACAGACACUGGUGAUCCUACCAUGGGAACUCCAAGUGAACACUGAGUACGAGUUCCAAGUGAGAGCCAGACCCCGCGAAGACAGCGGCUACCAUGGGUUUUGGAGUGAAUGGAGUCUUCCAGUGUCACUGAAAACCAGCCCUGCCGCAGUAACACAAACAGCAGGCAUGGGAUGGCUGCUGCUGUUUGGUGUUGUUGUGUCAAUCAUGGCUUCAAUCGCAACCUUUCUGGCCAAACAACAGAGCUUUUGGAAGAAGAUGGCUUGCAUACCAGACCCUGCUCCCUUUUUCAAACCUCUUUACCUGGCACAUAAUGGAGAUUUCAAGAAGUGGGUUGGUGCAUCCCAUACAAAAAUGACCUUUGAUUUCUUUGAAUGGGGAAUAGUCCUUCCAGAAGUCCUAGAAGUUUACACCAUGCGUCCUUCUAACAGCACCUCACGGGAAGAGCUGCAUGAGCUGAGAAAGAAUCUGACUUGCAAGACCUGUGGCCUGACUGCCCCAGGCCACAAUAGCCAGUCCCUGUGGUCCAGUGUAAACAGCAGUGGUGGGACUGAGGAGCAGUCAUACGGGCACUUGUCCAUUGAUACGGUGACUGUGGCUGAUGAAUUUACAUCCUGUAACUGCCAGUGCAGCUGUAACCACGUGUACAGGGGACAUAAGCAUACCAAUGAGGAAGAUGAUAGUGCUGGAGGACCUGGUUACCCCAAGGUUGACAUUGAUGAGGAAGACAGAAAGAUAUCCCAUGACUUGCAUCUGGCUGAUCUGAGCACGCAGGACAAAAUACUUGCUUCAGGUUCCGUGUCCACAGACCACUUGAGGAGCACAAGUGUCCCAGUCCACCAGCAAGUAGAAAGGUCUUCAGAAGGAGGAGUGGGGAACAUCCUAGAAGCCCUUUGCUUGCAGCCUCUUCGGUGGGAUUUGGAAAAUCCAGGUUCUCUACCUUCUCCUGACGGUGACAGUGUUUCCUACAGUGAAGGCUCCUACGACUUCUUCCCUCACAGUACCAGGCCCGGUGACAGUUACCCUAUGAUCUGCGUUGAUUUGGACACUAUUGACAGUGGCUUUGUGGACUCAGACUGUGGAAGUCCACUUGAUUGUGAAUUUGGGCAAAACAGUCAGACCAACUGUGGGCCCAUCUCUCUUGAGCAGGAGGGGCAGGACUUUCCACGGAGCUAUGUCAAGCAGUGGGUCUCCUGUCGCUCUGACAGCCCUGUCAGUGGGACACAGGCAAGCUGAGGGCUUGAUGUUGCUUGGCAGAGUGUGGGGCCUUUCCUUACUGUGCCAGGGGCAAAGUGUUAGCAAAAUUCAGAAGAGAAACAAAGUUUGCUUUGUGUAAGCUUCUUGCAUACAACUGAAAACUGUUAGGUCCACAGAAAUACGUGCCUAUUUCUGUUGCCACUUAUCCUAUUACUGUCUCAAAUUUGUUAUGAUUGAUUGUUUCUGGGUUUGGUUGGUUGGUUGGUUGGUUGUUGUCUUUUUUAGAAUUCUAAGUACCUUGAAAAUUAUCCUUUGGGUUAUAUAGAUGUGCAAUUUUUUUACAGUAACCUUUUGAAGAGUACAGAACAUUAAAUUAUUUUCCCUGGUGUUCUCGCAUGA